UCGGAAAAUUUUAUCAAACUGUGACGAGGUUUUUGAGCUCUGAUAUAAAAUUCCAAGCUCACUCAUAUACAUAUACAUUAUGGAAUCACGUUGGUGCCUACAUGCUUUCUGAAACACGUGAUCCAGUAUACGAGCUUAAUUAUUAUAGGUGCCACAAUUCUUAUUAAUUUCAACCUUAUAGCUCAAAAUCUUGCUAUACACAUUCGUUUUCGAUUACCUAUGCUUACCACGGUGACCUAUAAUAAUUAUAAAUCUUAUUUACCCUUCUUAUUGUAUAUAUUCCAAUUAAGAAUCUUUACUUUUCGUUAAUAGCGUUAAAAAAAAGCUCCAGACGUAUCUAACCUGUUUACUGUUACGUCAAUCAGGAUACGUAAAUAUUGGGUCGAAUAACUGCGGCGAGCUUCAAUCCCUUCUUCAAUCUAUUAUAUAUAUAUAUAUACUAGAUAGAAUAAUAUAUAGUCCAUAGAGGCUAAUAGCUUCUCGACCGUUCUGAGUUCGCACUGCUGGGCAAAUGGCCAAUGUGAAAUUCUCUCGAAACCGAAGUCAAUGACUAACUGGUUACUUUCUUUUGUAUUACGUUUAUGUCUGAGCUAGUUAAAUCUUUUACGUGGAUCAAUUGUCUUUCGUGAAACACUUGCAAGAAGUUUAGGCAAAAAAGACACAAUCUUUCACGUCUCUGCUUCCCUUGAACAUUUGAAACACAAGCCACAGAAGAGAAUCUCUUUGGAUGCGUGUCAUCUACACUUUGGUACAGACCAUUUCAAAACAGCAUCGUGGUUAUUUCUGAUGUGGAUUUUACAGUGAAUGUAUACCCGGAACACGAGAUGCUCAUGACGGUGAACACCAUCCGGAUCUAUUUCUAUCAUUUAUUCAAUUUCAUUGAACACCACCAUAAUGGCACUUGUGAUGUUACCCUGUGAUUUACCAUGGUGGCCGGCAGUGGUGAAACAAUUUGAAAAAGCCGCCGUAGCUACUGAAUCUAGAGACCUUUUGGAAGCCAUGCAGAGGCUACACGAUAUGUGCAACAUAAGUCUUGAUCCGGAAGAAGAUGUGCAGGAACCUGAUUUGUUUUCGGGGCUGGCUCGUUUCCUGGACACGGAUUUAACUAGUGCGGAACGUGAACAUGUUUUUACAAAAACAAUACCAUGUAUGGUUGAGAGGGCAAAAGCUUUGAAAUCCACAAAGCCCCCACAAGGUUUACAUUUUAGCUUGCAGCAGCAAGGGGACAGCGUCGAGUACAGUUACGGUUUCGUAUCGUCCCUCAUCGCCAAUGCGUUUUUUUCUACCUAUCCGAAGAGGACAAACAAGACUCAUCCUACCUUGGGAGAUUUCAACUUCACGAAUUUCUUCAAGGAACUUCACUCAAAUGGACAGAAGGCUAAGUUACGCAGCAUAUUCCAUUACUUUGAUUAUCUGGAGAAUGAACAGGCAUUGGAGGGAAAAUUGGUCAUUUCCAGACAGGUAAUGACCUCCAAGCAAUGGCUAACAAUAGAGGAUUGGCUGGAGAGCAGUGUGCCAUUGUGUCCAUUGACAAUAAGACACGAGGGACGUCUGGAGAGAUUCGAGGCAGAGACUAAAGUACUUCAUGUGUGUUUUGCAAGUUCAAAAUUUGGCAGCGGCGUUUUGCAAGGUCAAAUAAAUCAAGAAACAGUACAUAUGGCGACACAUCCUGAACUUCUUGCAGCGAUUUUAUCAGUUGAAGCCUUAGAGGACAACGAAGUUUUAAUAGUUGAAGGGGUUAGACAUUUCUCUAGGAUAAAUGACCCUAAGCACAGAGCCGUGUUCGAGAGUAUACCCAAGCCUAAUGCGGUGAUGGUUUGCUGUAUCGAUCCCGAAGAUUAUUCUACACUACCCUUAACGCAGUUCGAGGAAGAUAAUAUCCUCAGGGAGAUGAAUAAGUCUCUUCUUGGAUUUAGACAAAGACACGUUCCUAGUAGUCCUACGGAUCCUGUUAAGCCUGAUUUGGAUUCUGAAACGGGUCCCGGUGCACGGCGGUUGUCGCCAAUAGGAGAGAGUUUUAGUAGUACUCCACCGGAAGCUGAGGCGGCAGCCAACCUAUCAAAGGAUCUUAUCAGUAAUACAGAAAAUAUGACUGAGAUACGAACAAGGCCUAAUGGUAAAUCAGUAAGACCGUCUAGUCCUAGUGGAAUCUGUAAAGCUAGCAACUAUACCAAUAGAAGAAAUAGAUUUAUCGUUUUGGGAUCCAGUGGUGAGGUACUACCAGUAACAAGAAGAUCAAUAGGACAAAUGUCUGUCUAUAGUAGUUGCAACAGUCAAAGUACGGACAGUUUCCAUAGCGCCAAAGAUACCAUCGACGAGGAACCAGACGAGGAGGAACAGAAAUUAAACAGGCGAUAUAGUACCCAAUUAGAUACACCGGAACGACGGGGUACUUUUGCGCAACGAUUAAAGGAUGCCCUGAAGAGGGAAAGUACAGCGACCGGAACAACCUCAUCGAACUCCUCGGGAGAGAGUAGCUACGCCGUGGGUAUAAGCAUCGCCGGAAGUCACGUUGAUGAUCAAGAGAUCAAAGUCAAGAGGGGUGGCUCGCGAGGUUUUGUUUUGAGAGAUGACACAGUCGAUGAGGAAUUCCUUAAAGAAUCCUUGGAAGCCGAGCAAAAGUGGCUCGGACGAUUCCGGCAGAGUCAACCAGCUAUGAUCCAGCGUCGGGAUACGAAUUCCAGCAGUAGAUAUAGCUUUAGUACUGAAUAUAGCUCGGACUUUUCUUCAGAGCUUGAAGAGGUCUACGAGCAGCUGUCCAAGUGGCUUGAAGAUCCGAUCGUGGUUGAUGAAAAUCGUGAGCUGGACGCCAGGGAUCGUGCAGUCGUCAGAUUCGCUGGUUCCCUCUUGAAGCGCGCAUUAAGUGAAUCCUUCGCCGGAGUUCCUGUCCAAGAAGGUGAGCCUCAGCCCGUCCAUGACUCAGAUGACGCACAACAGAGGCACAAACUGGCACUGGCUGUGAGGAGUUUAAGUCUGGAAUUGGCACGACAUAAGAAUAGGAGACAACAAUCGGUAUCAGAGAACGAGGAGGUGACUAGUUACGAAGAUGCCUCAAGCGAAGAUCCAAAGGUGGCCAAAGAUGCGAAGAAUUCCCAGCGUAGAAAGCUAUGGGCCAUUACAGUCACUUCUGAGGUGUUCCAGACCUUGGUGGACGAUGAAGCUACCAUUUCUCUGCCUUCCACUGCGCCAAUAAACGUCACCGGAAGUGAGAGCGACACGAGACAAGUCCUAGGGUCUUAUUCUGGAAAGAUAUGCCCUCCGGAAGUAGAUGAUCAGUCUCGUACGAGCGAGGCGAGCGAUUUGCAGAUCGUCAAGAUGCCUAGAGAAAGCAGCCCCCAAGCUGGUGGUUUACUGCCGAUUGCAACUGGCAAUUGGGGAUGCGGCUCUAGGCUGAAAGGAGAUCCACAAUUGAAGUUAGUCAUCCAGUGGUUGGCAGCGUCAUUGGCUGGGGUUCCAAGAUUGAUAUACUACACAUCCGGAAAUACCAGUCUAUCCAAGCUGGAUACUGUGAGCAGAGUUUUGAUGGACAGACACUGGUCAGUUGGUGAUUUAACAGCUGCCACUCUGCGAUUUGCCCUCCAAGCUAUCGAAGAACGUGUUGAAGGUAGAAAUAGCCUUUUCGAGGAAUUAAUUGGUAUGGAUAAACCGAGUCCUUAGCCCGACACAAUGCUGUCCGUACUGGUAGACAUACUUGCCAAUAUGAUAGAGGACAGCUUAUCAGUAUGCAUCGAAUGAACUUUUUACAUCUUUCCAUUAAAAUCUGGAAUACGAGAAACGCACCGACAUAUCUAAGACGUCGUAUAAUGUACGCGCAAGAUACCAUAUGUUAUUUUGAAUCCUUCUAAGAGAAAUUCAAAAGGGCCAACCGGUCCUGUCGUUUUAGCAUAUCAAAGGAAUAUCAGACGAUAUGGCGGUAAACAUACGCAUUUGAUUUAAGCAGUGUAUCUAUAAUAUUAUAUAGAUACGAUAUAGUGGAAAUGUAGAGCGUUUUGGAGAACGAUGGGGUUCUUGCCAGGGUGCUCUGGUAACGAUAUUCUAAAUAAUGAGGUAAUCAUCAUCUGUACGUAAUGAUACGUAGAACCGAAAUUUGAUUGACUCGACUUACACGAGUCGAUCCUUUACAAUUACAUGCAAUAACUAACGAGGCACAAUAUACCUACUAUAUUUUGUACAGCAAUAUUUAUAAGAGUGUUAUAUACCAAAAAAUAAUUAUAUACAAAAAAAUAUAUCAAUAGAAUAGAUUUUUAGAGAGAUCUUUUAGAGAUGAGUGUUUUGUAAUGGAAUCUGGAUAGGCAGCUUUUAUACAAGACGAUGCUAUUUAUAUGCAAAUGCUUUAGUAGAUCAAAGACGUGGCAUAUGUUAAUUGAUUAUAAUAUCUUUGAAGAGUGUCCUAUGGAUGAGAAAUAUUUGCUGAAAAUUGUGUCGAUUGAAAUGAGGUCUUCCAUUUAAAAAAAAUCCAGAAAGGUAAAGAGAAUGAGAUGAACGUAUAUAACGUGAAAGUAUCCGAUACACACGUUAUCGCUCAUAUGGAACACACUUUGGGACGACGUAUUAUUGGGAAUGUUGUAAAAUUGAUUAUAAAUCAUAUAAUAUGUAUAUUGUAUAUAAUAGGGGGAUAAUAAAUUUCUAUCGAAUUUAA